UCUUGUGUGCUUGCGCCGCGUGUGUGUGUGCGUGCGUGUGCUGCAAACCGAAAGUUUCGUGAAUUAAUUGUUAAUAAUAAUACAAAUAUAUUAUUCAUAUAUUAUUGUUAUUAAUAACAAGCUGCAGCGCGUGCAGCAAACGGCGUUCGUGUUAAUAACUGCAGCGCCAGCAACGGCAAGCUGCGCAAACAGCUGACGGCGGCGGCAGCGACGGCGGCGGCCACAACAACAACACUGCGCGCUCGUGUGUGUGUGUGUGUGUUUGUGUGCACUUGUGUGCGUGCGUGUGUUUGUGCGUUCUUAGUGUUUAUUUUUGGAAUUAAAAAGCUAGCAGCCGAUUUGUGAGGCAAAACUAAAGCUAAAGCUAAAACCUAAAAUCGAAUCAAACAAAAAAAAGUGUGCCGCAGCGGCAAUAAUAGACGCGCGUGGUGCCUUGGAUUUAUUGUACGGCUCCACGGUGGAUAACUUUUACCUGAGAAUGGAUCCCACGCGCGGUGACGCGCGCUAUAACAUAAACUACUCAAUGAGUAGUAUAGGCUUAAGUCUGGCCGAUCAGGCCGACAUGUAUGGCAAUCCCGCGGUGGCAGCGCUUGGCGGUCGCCCACCCAGCGGCGGUUUGCUCCAAAGCAUGGGCGGCGGCGGCGGCGGUGGCGCGGGCCUAGCCAUGCAGCGUCCCAAUCCCGCGGCGGUGGCAGCAGCGGCGGCGCAGCAGCAACAGCAACAGUGCCAAACGCUGGGCAACAGCCAAACGCACAGUCCGCAGCAUCAGCAGCAGCAACAGCAGCAGCAGCAGCAACAGCAGCAACAACAACAGCAGCAACAGCAGCAGCAACAACAGGCGCGCGGCUUAAAGCGCAGCGGCAGCGACUGCUACGAGGAUCAUCGGUCAAGCGGCGGCAUGACGCUUCAGGGUCUGGACAGCUGCGCCGCUGGCAGCGUCGCCAGCGGCGGCGUUGACGUCGACGGCGUCGAUAGCUACAACGCGCUGCCCAAUAAGAAAUCACCGCCCGCCAAUGGCAAAAAGACAAAGGGACGCGUCAAAAUCAAAAUGGAGUACAUCGACAACAAGCUGCGCCGCUACACGACCUUCUCCAAGCGCAAAACGGGCAUCAUGAAGAAGGCCUACGAGCUGUCGACGCUGACUGGUACCCAGGUGAUGCUGCUGGUGGCCAGCGAGACGGGUCACGUCUACACAUUUGCCACGCGCAAGCUGCAGCCGAUGAUAACGUCGGAGGCGGGCAAACAGCUGAUACAGACGUGCCUCAAUUCGCCGGAUCCGCCAAGCGUUGGCGGCGGAGAUCAGCGCAUGUCCGCGACGGGCUUCGAGGAGACGGAGCUGAGCUACAACAUCGCCGACGAGGACUCCAAAGAUGAGCGUUCGCCAACAUCGUCGGGCAACGAAUCGGAUGAUUCUUCGGAUGUGGAAAUGCCAAUGCCGAUGGAUGCCGACGCAGCCAAGUCAGCGCCUCAGGAGCUCAAGGCAGAGACAGCAGCAGCAGCAGGGUCGGCCGCUUGCAGCAAACCAAUGCCAGCAGCUUUGAGCUAUCAGACUGAGACUGGACCCUCGACGUCCACGGCAGCAACAACAGCAGCAGCAGCAGCAGCAUCGGCAGCAACAGCAGCACCUGAUAGCAAAUAUGUUUAUCCGGCCACUUCAUUUGCCAAUAUACCGCCGGACAUGUUGCGCCAGCUAAUACAAUCGGGUCAAUUGCAGGUGCAUGCCGAAGAAGAUGGCAACCAGUAUGUUACCAUACCGCUGAGCUCUACAGUGGCCAGCUACAUUAAAGGCAAGUCCACGCCAGCGGCUGCAACUGUCACCAGCGCCAAUCCGAAGUCUGAGAAAAGUGCCGAGAAAACUUUAUCCAUCAAACAGGAAUAUGAUUAACCGUUCUUCAAUGCGCUGAAGCGGCAUAAAUGGAGAUUGCUUUUAUGACAACAAAUUGAAAAUAUUAUAAAUCCAUAUCUAAUCAUGCAAUCCAAGACAAAAUACACACACAUCUACACAAGCCCAAACACACGCACACUCACUCACACACUCACAUAUGCACACAAGUCUAACCAUAGUAUACACGCGUCUCUUAUAAUAAUGUUGGUCAAAAGCUGAUCAUACAUAUACACCCAGUCAUAUAACUAUAUACGUAUAUAUCAAA